CCCCGCCUCCCCUCUUCCCGGUUCUGCGUGGGAAGCGCGCGAUUCUUGCUGAAUGAAAUCUAGAGAUCGGGGGUUUUUAGACGCUUGCCCUCCUGGAGACGAGAAUUGGGGUGGCCAGUGAUCUUCAUCACCUUUGUCAGGCUGCUUCUGCUGGGUGCAGAGGGUCGGUGAUUUACCGCCCAAGCUGCGUCACUUUCCAUUCUCAGUUUCUCCACCUGUAGGAAGAGCGGUUGACCCGAUUACCUCUACGACCCUUUAUAGCCCUGACAAUCUGGCCGCACUGCGGAGGUGCGGGUUUUCUCACCUCCUCCGUGUAAGCAGCGAACUGAAGCAUUUGGAGAUAGCAGCAGCAGCAGGAAUGUUUCACUUCUUCAGAAAGCCUCCGGAAUCUCAAAAGCCCCCGGUAGCAGAGACAGAAGCAGAUGGAUUUGUCCUUUUAGGAGGGCAAGAAAUCAGUCCAAACAAAAGAGAUACAGCAAAUGAGCAAAGAAUGGCAGCAAGAGGUAAAACUUCAGAAGGAGAAGGCAACCAAUCUUUGGAGACCGGCAAAGAAAACUCAUCCAGUGUGGUUGUAGCAGGCCCCGAGAUGGAAAAUAAGGCAGGCCAGACUCUGGAAAGCAACUCAUUAAUGGCUGAGCUUCUGAGCGACGUACCCUUCACCUUGGCCCCGCAUGUGCUGGCCGUGCAGGGCACCAUCAGUGACCUUCCAGACCACUUACUCUCCUAUGACGUCAGCGAAAACUUAUCACGGUUUUGGUAUGAUUUCACUCUUGAAAAUUCAGUGCUCUGUGAUUCCUAAUCUUUUCGUCUGUUUGUAUCUUAACAGCUUUAAAACAAAAGUUUGCCUAUGUUAUUUAACCUGUUUGAUGUUGCCAUUUCACUGUUUAAAGGCCCUCAGAAAAGCAAGGAUCAUAAAGCAAAGAAAACAACAUUAUGUUCAUUGCUCUAUUUUUUAGAAUAAAGUAUAUUUGUAUAAAAAUUGAA